AUGUCACCAAACAGCAAUCAACAAAUCCAGAAACUCAAGGACAGCGUAAAUGAUGGUUGCUAUGAGGCGCAAAAUGAAAUGUGGGAAAUUGAAAAACGGAAAACUAAAGAGCAAUCGGUACGACCGGAGCUCAAAGCAUUUGAAACCACAAAUAAUGUGCCAGAAAUACAAGUUGCGAUAGCUAAAGAAUCCGCUAAAUUAUUGAACAAAACUAUCAGUGAUCAGAAUGAAAAGCUGGGAAGUCUGAAUAUGCAUAUUUGA